AUGCUUGAUAGCGCUUUUCCUUACCGUCGAGCAUUUUCUGAAUUCAAGAUACUUGACAGAGAUUUUACAUGUUGCCCUUCGGAUGAGGAUUGGGUUAAAGCUGAAACAAUUGCUAAGUUUUUAAGGCCUUUUUAUGAAAUGACUACACUAUUUCCUGGGAGCCAUUAUCCUACCGCCAAUUUAUAUUUUCAUAAAGUUUGGAAGAUUCAUAUGUUGAUAAAGAAAGAUAUAGGUAGUGAGGAUCCUAAUAUUAAGGCGAUGGCUAUGGAAAUGGAGAAGAAAUUUACAAAAUAUUGGCAAGACGACUACCGUCCAAUUGCUUCUAUGGCGGUCGCCCUUGAUCCUCAGAAUAAGUUAAAAUAG